UGCUGUGGCGGAUCAGCUGGCGGUCGCGGCGAGCACGGAGGCACCAGUUCCUUGCAAGUCUGGUGCGCAGUUUCUACCCUUAUCCGUCCGCUCCCUCGUAGCCCUGGGAUAGAUCGGGAUCCCCUAUUAAAACGUGUCCGUCAGGUGGGAUCUCCGUGCUGUAGGUCCCAAGCCCUGUCGGCCGCUGUCGACAGGGCCCCGAGUGUAAUGUCAUUUCGAAGUGGAGGAGGACCUCGAUUAGUAAGGCGCGGUGGGGGUGUGGGGUUUACGUGUCGGAGGGGGGCCCCGGUUGUGGGCGGCGGCGCGGGCUGAGGCUGAGGGUAAGAUGUGGAGCGUGAGGGCUCUGGUGGAGAGUGCUGUGGAGCAGGGCCGUCGAGUCCUCCAGCACGCCCAAAAGAGGCAGGUCACCCUCGUGCCCCGUCAGCAGACCCGCGCCCCUGACGCUCGCCACAAGCUGAACAAGUGGCAGAGUGAAGGGGGUGGAGGGGUAGGUGUCCCGGUGGCGGAGUUCGUCGGAAGUCAAAAUGGUGCUAGUGUAGGGAGCAGCUCCUCCCUCGCCGCGAGCGGUGUGGUCAGUCGCCUGCGCCCCGUGACGACCCGGCUUGUGCAGGGCUUCGUCAGGAAGGUCUCGGCUCCCCUGUGGGCGGAGGCGCGCCGGAGGGCUACCAAGCGACUGGUGUUCGGGGAAUCGGCCCCUUACUUCGCCCUCGUGGGAGUGACGCUGGUGUCCGGGUCACAGCAAGGGCUGGUCACCAAGGAGGACGAACUCGAGAAUCUCUGCGGUAACAUCAGGGAGGCGAUAUCCCGCGCAGGAUGGCUACACAACCCGGAAUUCUGGGCGAACCAGAAGGAGGCACAGGAGGGCGACCCGUUCGAGGUCCUGGAGGAGGAGCACGUCUUCUCGCUGGCCGACUUCGAGCUCGGCUCCGUCAUCGACAAGGGCUGCAGCGCCGUCGUCUACGCGGCCAGAUGGAAUUUGGAUACAUCAGAAGAUAAUGACCCUGCCUGCCCACCUACAAAAAGACAAAAAUCAGAAUCUCCACUCACUCCGAGCAAAAAUGGUAGGGAACCAGAGGAGGGAGAGACUUCCCUGUCACACGAAAAGGAGGAGGCCGAAACUCCUGAAGAGCUGACCGUCCCUAAAGACUCGCCAAGACAAGUUGAGUCUGGCAGAGACAGGAGAACUGACGAGGACCAUUCAGCUUCCUCCAGCGAUGUUAGUCCAAAUCGGAAGAUGAGGAGAGUGAAAUUCAAGGAGAGGGGUGAUGAGAGCGAGAGCCUUCUAAAGAGGUCGCAGCCGAUGUCCCAGGGAGCAGUUGCCAAGGCGAGCACUGAACAUCUUAACAAAGAAGAUAAUGCCGACGACACGGUCAGUUUGGAAAAGUAUCCUCUGGCCAUUAAGAUGAUGUUCAACUAUGAAGCAGAGUCCAAUGCACCAGCUAUCCUCAGAGCCAUGUACAAGGAGAUGCUUCCCGCCCGCAGUUUGCAACUGGAUGAAGCACAGCUUGAGUGGCAAGAAAGGUUCUGCAGCAAACAGUUACGACUACCGACACAUCACAACAUUGUAGACAUGCCUUGUGUGUUUGUUGAUCGCAUUCCUUUUCUGGAGGACUCGAUGCAGUUAUAUCCUGAUGCUCUUCCCAUGCGAUUAAACCCAAGAGGUUCUGGCAGAAAUAUGAGCCUCUUCUGUGUCAUGAAGAGAUACAACAUGAGUUUGAGGGACUAUGUCAGACAGUAUGAGAUCCCAAGGCGCACGUCGCUUCUGUUGCUUACCCAGCUGCUUGAAGCAGUGCUUCAUAUCAGUAAGCACAAUGUGGCCCACAGGGACCUGAAAUCGGACAACAUCCUUCUGUCUCUGGCUGAGGGAUGGCAAUACCCUCAUUUAGUGCUGACAGAUUUUGGAUGCAGUGUUGUGACUGAAGACACGAGCAUGACCGUUCCUUUUCCGUCUCGAGAAGUUGAUCCCAGACAGGGCAAUAGUGCACUCAUGGCUCCUGAGGUGAAAACAGCAAUUCCAGGAUUUCUGCGGCCUGUAAACUACUCCCAUGCAGAUUUGUGGGCCGUUGGUGCUCUGGCUUAUGAAAUGUAUGCUAUGGAGAACCCUUUCUGUCACAUCCAUCCCAGCACAGGAAACAAGCAGCAGCCUUUGGACUCCUUUAACUACAAGGAAUCCCAGCUGCCACGGUUGCCCAAGAGUGUGCCUCCAGCCGUCAGGCAUCUCGUCCAUGACCUCCUCCGCCGAAACCCUCGAAAUCGGCCAAGUGCCAACGUGGCAGCCACACUCUGUCAGUUAAUUCUUUGGGCUCCAAGCAAAUGGCUGAGUCGGCAUUCCCUUACUCUUCCAUCACAGACUGAGAUUAUGCAGUGGUUACUGUGUCUCACAACCAAAGUGCUCUGUGAGGCAAGGCUCUCAGGCUCUCACCACAGGAAACAGUACUCAAGCCGAGAGCAACAGAAGAGGAUGGAGGAGAUGGGAGUUGUGACCUCAGAUCGCCAAGGAGGGCAGCUGGAGUAUGAGCUUGUUUCCACUUUUUUGGCAAGAGUCCACUACAUGGAUAUCAUUCAAGCCAUCAAGUGGAACAGAGCAUUUUAGAAAAUGGGUGGGAAAGUUGUGAGGCAAAUGUAGUCUCGUAUAGCUAGGAGAAAUAUUGUAUUAAAAUAUUACUAUUAUUAUUAUUUUUUUGUUUCUAGUUACCUUUUAUGAUUUGAUGUUUACUGUCUCACAGGGCUCCCCUUUUUCCAUUUAAGAAUGGUAGUUUGUGUAUGAUAAACUACAAGAAAAAGAGAUCGAAAAAUGUGAAAAAGGAAUCUGUAAACUAAAAAGUAAAAAAAAAAAAAAAAAAAAAAAAAAAAA